AUGCCCAAGCUAGCAUCUGUGUCAGGGAUCGAGGUAGGUGAAUUGGCAGCCAGUUGGGCCCCGAAGGGAACUGACAAAGGAUUCACCAGAAAGUUCUUGGAAGGUCAUGCAUGGAGGUUCACCAAAGUAAAGAAGUGGGAUUCUUGCAUAGCAGUGUUAGCCUUAUUGAUCUAUGGGAUCGUUCUAUGCCCAAAUAUCGACAACUUCAUAGAUCACGCCGCGGUGAAUAUCUUCUUAUCCGGUAACCUAGUGCCAUUUCUCUUGGCCGACUUCUACCAUACUUUCCACACUCGCCAUGAGAAGAAAGGUGGGACUUUCCUAUGUUGUGCUCCAAUGUUGCACAUAUGGAUGAAAACUCACAUGCCGCUAACCGGUCCCUUCGUGUCUAAAGAUCUCUCUUGGUGCCAGAAGUUUGCGUCACUCUCGUCUAGUACCGUCCAGUGGUAUAAAAGGGAGUGGGAAACCCAAAACAUCAUUCUUAGAUGUGGAGGAUUUCCGAAUGUACCCUUAAUCGGCACACAUGGAGGCAUUAAUUACAAUCCUGUGCUGUGUAUGAGGCAGUUUGCGAAUGCGAUGAAUGGGCCCCCUAAAGAGGAAGACUUAGCCCCUUUUUUCAUCAACACAGUUGAUCCACUCAAACCAACAGUGAGAAAAGUGAGGCAAGCCUGGAAUAAGAUUGUUAGAAGUGGUCCGGAGCUUGGCAAGAAGAACGUCAUUGCUAGAGAACCGUAUGUGAAAUGGGAAAAAGAGAGGGCCCGAGUAGUCAAGAUGCCUUUCUACUACGAGUCCACAUCUCUCCCUCCAGUGCCUGAGCCUGAGCCCAUCUUACAAGAGGAUGUCGACAAACUCACCAGUAAGAUAAGUGAGCUCGAACUAGAAAACACCCGCUUGCGACUCCAACUCAUCAAGGAGAAACAAAGGGGUGAUGAUCUAGAAGAAGAAGGCAAAUAA